AAGUGGUGAGGUCAGUUGUGACAGCGACUAUUGGCGGCGAAACUUAUUGCAAUUCAGCUGCUCUUUUAUUGAUAUUAAUAAAUGAAGUAAACUCUUUAUUUCUGUAUUUCGUUUGUGAAUCGAUGCGUUAAACGAACACGAAUUUUUUAGUUAAUUGCAAGCAUUUGAUUAAAAAAACGCAUCAAAAUGUACGUUAAAGUGAGAACAAUGGAUGGUAAACAGGAGGCACUAUUGACUAUUUCCAAAUUAACGGAGGUGGAAGAUUUUAAGCGUCAAAUUGAGCAAGAAUUUAAUGUGAAAGUCAAUUUGCAAAGAUUGUUUUUUCGAGGAAAGCAAUUAGAAAAUGGUUAUAAGCUUCAUGAUUAUAAUAUUAAUCUGAAUGAUGUAAUUCAGUUAAUGACCAGAGUAACUGAUGAAACAGAAACAGAAGCUACCUCCAGCAGUAGUAGCAGUAGUAGCAGUAGUAGCAAUAAUAAUAAUAAUGGUAGUAGUACUAACGGUAGUACUAAUAGUACUACUACUAGUUCUAAUAGUACUACUACUAGUUCUAAUCCCAAAAUAGAAGUUAUAGAUAAUUCUAAUGAAGAUGAAACGCUUGUUGAAACUGAAAGUUUGUAUUAUAAGAUUGGAGAUGCUGUAGAUUGUCUUGACCAAACUUAUGGAGCAUGGUUCGAGGCAAUAAUAUUAAAAAUAUUUAAAAAGGAGGACAAACUUAUUUAUAAUGUACGGUGGGAGUUUGAUGACAGUGCUCCAAAUUUUAAUGUACCUGAAUCAUCUGUAAGACCACGUGCAAGGCGUCUUAUACAGUUUGAUGGCUUAAAAAUAGGUCAAAAAGUAAUGAUCAAUCAUAAUGUUGAUGAUCCAAAAGAAACUGGACUCUGGUAUGAUUUCACAAUAUUCAAAACAGAUAAAAAGAGGAGAGCUCAGGAACUUGUAGGAACAUUGCAUAUUGGAAGGGAUCAACUGCUCGAGAAUCGUAAAGUGAAUCCUAAAAGCGAGAUUUUCGCAAUAGAGGAGCCAAAACUUCUUGGGGAGAGAACACCCGAAGAUGAACAGCAUAUGAUUAGUAAUGGUACACGAAGACGCGUACAAGCUAACUGUAAUGCGUGUUCGGAUAAUCCUCGCGCGAAGUGUAGGGAAUGCGGUUGCAGAGUCUGUGCUGGAAAAGAAGACGAACAUAAUCUUCUAUUAUGCGACGAGUGUAACUCUGCGUAUCACUUACGAUGUUUAAAUCCCCCCUUAACAUCUAUACCGGAAGAAGAUUAUUGGUAUUGCGCGGAAUGUAAAAAUGACGAAAACGAGAUCGUAAAGGCAGGCGACAAACUAAAACAGACGAAAAAAAAGACUACCGAGAAUAGUAACAGUAAGCGAGACUGGGGUAAAGGAAUGGCGUGCGUGGGAAGGACAAAAGAGUGCAGUAUUGUCCCACCAAAUCAUCGUGGACCCAUUCCAGGAGUAGAAGUUGGAAUGUGUUGGAUAUACAGAGUACAGGUAUCCGAGGUUGGUGUACAUAGACCGCACAUUGCCGGAAUUCACGGACGAGAAACUGACUGCGCAUAUUCUAUUGUGUUGUCUGGUGGUUACGAGGAUGAUAUUGACAAUGGCGAUGAAUUUAUGUAUACUGGGUCAGGUGGAAGGGAUUUGUCAGGGAACAAAAGGACGGCCGAGCAAAGUUGUGAUCAAACAUUGACGAGAAUGAAUAAAGCGUUAGCUGUAAACUGCAAUGCCAAACUCAAUGCAACUAAUGGUGCUACGGCUGAAGAUUGGAGAGGCGGUAUACCCGUAAGAGUAGUAAGGAACUUUAAGCUUGCUAAACAUAGUAAAUACGCACCUGAGGAAGGUAAUAGGUACGAUGGUAUAUAUAAGGUAGUAAAAUAUUAUCCAGACACAGGGAAAAGUGGUUUUCGUGUAUGGAGAUACUUAUUGAGGAGAGACGAUCCUGCACCCGCGCCAUGGACCAAAGAGGGUAAAGCACGAAUAAUCGAAUUGGGCUUCAAGCCAAUGUACCCGGAUGGAUAUCUAGAGGCGAUGGCAAAGAAUAAAACAAAUAAAAAACGAAAUGAGCUCACGGAAGAAAACUCUGUUGCUUCGAUAAAGUCGGAGCCACCUAAGAAGAAACGAAAACGCGAGAUUUAUAAAUUAGAGAGCAAAAUAGAGAAGUGUAUCGAUGAGGAUGAAGGAAAUGCAAAAUUAUGGGACGAAUGUCGUACAGCUUUAUCAAACGGGAAGGCUGGGUUUUUGCAACAUGUUUCAGAAAGAUUCACGUGUCCUUGCUGUUUGGAAGUGGUUUAUAAUCCAGUUACAACUCCGUGUGCGCACAACAUUUGUAUCGGUUGUUUGAAGCGCAGUUUUUCGUCUGGUGUGCAUUGCUGUCCAUCGUGUCGUCAUUUGUUAGACAAAAAUUAUAAAAUGGAAGUUAAUCAGUCUUUAUCAUCUUCACUGUUAUUGCUUUAUCCAGGUUACGGAGGUGGUAGAUAACAUUAACUUUUUGUAAAACAAUGAUUCUUUUUAAAAAUAAUGAAUUAAUGAAUUUGUGCCUUGAUCGUAUUAAAUCAUGUUUUUUUGUAAUUGACGGCACUAAAUUACGAGAAAUUUGUUAUAAUAUUUAUAUAUACAUAAACACAAAAGUGUGACGCAGAUACGCUCACAUUGUAGCAAAUUUGCCUUUGUAAUCCAUUGAAGUAACAACUUUAUUAUCAUCAUAUAUUUCUGUUGAUAAAAUGACUGAUAAUAUUAAUAACACCAAUAUAAGUGUAACAGUUUCA